AUGGGAAAUUCUUACGCUGGACAGCUGAAGACGACACGCUUUGAAGAGGUCUUGCACAAUUCCAUUGAGGCAUCCCUGCGGUCCAACAACCUGGUGCCCAGGCCCAUCUUUUCCCAGCUGUACCUGGAAGCUGAGCAGCAGCUUGCCGCUCUAGAAGGUGGUAGCCGAGUGGACAAUGAGGACGAGGAAGAAGAGGGAGAAGGAGGGCUGGAAACAAACAGCCCCCCAAACCCUUUCCAGCUGCACCCUCCGCCUGAAGGAUGCUGCACCACAGAUGGGUUCUGCCAGGCCGGGAAGGACCUGCGCCUCGUCUCCAUUUCCAACGAGCCCAUCGACGUCCCUGCGGGCUUUCUCCUCGUGGGGGCCAAGUCCCCCAGCCUACCGGACCAUCUCCUGGUGUGCGCCGUUGACAAGAGGUUCUUGCCGGAUGACAAUGGCCACAAUGCUCUUCUUGGUUUCUCUGGGAAUUGUGUUGGCUGUGGAAAGAAAGGCUUCUGUUACUUCACAGAAUUCUCCAAUCAUAUAAAUCUGAAACUGACCACUCAACCCAAGAAGCAGAAACACUUGAAGUAUUACCUGGUCCGUAAUACACAAGGGACUCUCACCAAAGGACCUUUAAUCUGUUGGAAAGGCUCAGAGUUUAGAAGCCGGCAGAUCCCCACCAGUACUUGUUCUGGUUCCUUCUUCCCGGCCCUGGAGAGCGCGGCUGCCUUCCCCAGCGAGCCCAUUCCCGGGACGAACCCCAGCAUCCCGAUGGGAGCUCAGCAGGCAGGACCAGCUUCUGAUCACUCCUCACUAAGCGCAACAGUGGGUCCGGCUGUUUUCAACGGCAAAGAUUCCCCAAAGUGCCAACAACUGGCAAAGAAUAACCUGUUGGCCUUGCCGCGACCAUCGGCUUUAGGUAUCUUGUCAAACUCUGGGCCCCCCAAAAAACGCCACAAAGGGUGGUCUCCAGAAUCUCCAUCAGCUCCAGAUGGUGGCUACCCCCAAGGUGGUGGGAACAGAGCUAAGUAUGAGAGCGCAGGUGUGUCCUGCGUGCCCCAGGUUGGCUUGGUGGGACCAGCUUCAGUCACCUUCCCAGUGGUGGCCUCUGGAGAACCAGUGUCUGUUCCUGACAACUUGCUGAAAAUAUGCAAGGCCAAGCCAGUGAUAUUUAAAGGCCACGGGAACUUCCCUUACCUGUGUGGGAACUUGAAUGACGUCGUGGUCAGCCCCCUCCUGUACACGUGCUACCAGAAUUCCCAGUCUGUCUCGCGGGCAUACGAGCAGUACGGCGCCUCUGCCAUCCAGCCCAUCUCUGAGGAGAUGCAGCUCCUGCUGACUGUCUACUACCUGGUCCAGCUGGCCGCGGACCAGGUGCCCUUGAUGGAGGACCUGGAGCAGAUCUUCCUGCGCUCUUGGCGCGAGUCGCACCUGACCGAGAUCCGGCAGUACCAGCAGGCGCCGCCGCAGCCCUUCCCACCCGCGCCCAGCGCCGUGGCACCCGUGACCUCCGCGCAGCUGCCCUGGCUGGCCAGCCUGGCCGCCAGCUCCUGCAACGACAGCGUGCACGUCAUCGAGUGUGCCUACUCCCUGGCCGAGGGCCUCUCCGAGAUGUUCCGGCUGCUGGUCGAGGGCAAGCUCGCCAAGACCAACUACGUGGUCAUCAUCUGCGCCUGCCGCAGCGCGGCCAUCGACUCCUGCAUCGCCGUCACUGGAAAAUACCAAGCCCGGAUUCUUUCCGAGAGCCUUCUCACCCCAGCAGAGUACCAGAAGGAAGUCAAUUACGAGCUGGUUACGGGGAAGGUAGACUCGCUGGGGGCCUUCUUUAGCACCCUCUGUCCAGAGGGUGACAUUGACAUUUUGCUGGACAAAUUUCACCAGGAAAAUCAAGGCCAUAUUUCUUCCUCACUCACUGCCUCUUCUGUCACUAAAGCAGCAUCCCUGGAUGUCAGUGGGACACCGGUGUGCACAAGUUACCACCUGGAGCCACACAGCAUCCGGCCCUUCCAGCUGGCAGUGGCGCAGAAGCUCCUCUCCCACGUGUGUUCCAUUGCGGAUUCCAGCACCCAAAAUCUGGACCUGGGAUCCUUUGAGAAGGUGGACUUUCUCAUUUGCAUUCCGCCCUCAGAAGUGACCUACCAGCAGACUCUGUUCCACGUGUGGCAUUCAGGGGUUUUACUGGAGCUUGGUCUGGAGAAAGAGCACAUGACGAAGCAGAGGGUGGAACAGUAUGUCCUGAAGCUAGACGCGGAGGCACAGACAAAAUUUAAGGCUUUUCUGCAAAACUCCUUCCAAAACCCGCACACACUUUUUGUCCUCAUCCAUGACCAUGCGCACUGGGAUCUUGUGAGUAGCGCCGUUCAUAACCUCUAUUCUCAAAGUGACCCGUCGGUGGGAUUGGUGGACCGAUUGCUCAACUGCAGGGAGGUGAAGGAGGCCCCUAACAUUGUGACACUUCACGUGACCUCCUUCCCGUACGCACUGCAGACACAGCACACCCUCAUCAGCCCCUACAAUGAGAUCCACUGGCCCGCCUCCUGCAGUAAUGGAGUGGACUUAUAUCAUGAAAAUAAGAAGUACUUCGGGCUGUCGGAGUUUAUUGAAUCCACCCUUUCAGGGCACAGCCUUCCCUUGCUCAGAUACGACAGCUCCUUUGAAGCCAUGGUCACUGCAUUAGGAAAAAGGUUCCCCCGCCUGCACAGCGCGGUGAUCAGGACCUUUGUUCUUGUGCAGCACUAUGCGGCCGCCCUGAUGGCCGUGAGCGGCCUCCCGCAGAUGAAGAAUUACACGUCGGUGGAGACGCUGGAGAUCACGCAGAACCUCCUCAACUCCCCGAAGCAGUGUCCCUGUGGCCACGGGCUCAUGGUCCUGCUGCGGGUGCCCUGUUCGCCCCUGGCAGCCGUUGCCUAUGAGCGGCUGGCCCACGUGCGGGCCCGGCUGGCGCUGGAGGAGCACUUUGAGAUCAUCCUGGGCAGUCCCAGCUCAGGCGUCACUGUGGGGAAGCACUUCGUAAAGCAGCUCAGGAUGUGGCAGAAAAUCGAGGAUGUGGAGUGGAGACCCCAGACUUACUUGGAGCUGGAGGGUCUGCCUUGCAUCCUGAUCUUCAGUGGGAUGGACCCGCACGGGGAGUCCUUGCCGAGGUCUUUGAGGUACUGCGACCUGCGAUUGAUAAACUCGUCCUGCUUGGUGAGAACAGCCUUGGAGCAGGAGCUGGGCCUGGCUGCCUACUUUGUGAGCAACGAAGUUCCCUUGGAGAAGGGGGCUAGGAAUGAGGCCUUGGAAAGUGAUGCAGAGAAGCUGAGCAGCACAGACAACGAGGAUGAGGAGCUGGGGACAGAAGGCUCCACCUUGGAGAAGAGAAGCCCCAUGAAAAGGGAGAGGUCCCACUCCCACGACUCAGCAUCCUCGUCCCUCUCCUCCAAGGCGUCCGGUUCAGCGCUCGGUGGUGAGUCCUCGGCUCAGCCCACAGGGCUCCCCCAGGGAGAGCGUGCCAGGUCGCCCCAGCCCUGUGGCCCCACAGAGGAGGGCAGAGCCCCUGGUGAGAAACAGAGGCCCUGGGCAAGUCAGGGGCCACCGUCGGCCAUCAGCAGGCACAGUCCCGGGCUGACACCCCAGCCUGACUACAGCCUCAAGACCAGCCAGAGGAGCGUCCAGGUGUCGGUCACCUCGUCGUGCUCCCAGCUGUCCUCCUCCUCGGGCUCGUCCUCCUCAUCCGUGGCUCCCGCUGCCAGCACGUGGGUCCUGCAGGCCUCCCAGUGCUCCCUGACCAAGGCCUGUCGCCAGCCACCCAUCGUCUUCUUGCCCAAGCUCGUGUACGACAUGGUUGUGUCCACCGACAGCAGCGGCCUGCCCAAGGCUGCCUCCCUCCUGCCCUCCCCCUCAGUCAUGUGGGCCAGCUCUUUCCGCCCCCUGCUCAGCAAGACCAUGACAUCCACCGAGCAGUCCCUCUACUACCGGCAGUGGACGGUGCCCCGGCCCAGCCACAUGGACUAUGGCAACCGGGCCGAGGGCCGCGUGGACGGCUUCCACCCCCGCAGGCUGCUGCUCAGCGGCCCCCCUCAGAUCGGGAAGACAGGCGCCUACCUGCAGUUCCUCAGUGUCCUGUCCAGGAUGCUUGUUCGGCUCACAGAAGUGGAUGUCUAUGACGAGGAGGAGAUCAAUAUCAACCUCAGAGAAGAAUCUGACUGGCAUUAUCUCCAGCUUAGCGACCCCUGGCCCGACCUGGAGCUGUUCAAGAAGUUGCCCUUUGACUACAUCAUUCAUGACCCGAAGUAUGAAGAUGCCAGCCUGAUUUGUUCACACUAUCAGAGUAUAAAGAGUGAAGACAGAGGGAUGUCCCGGAAGCCGGAGGACCUUUACGUGCGGCGUCAGACGGCACGGAUGAGACUGUCCAAGUACGCAGCAUACAACACUUACCACCACUGCGAGCAGUGCCACCAGUACAUGGGCUUCCACCCCCGCUACCAGCUGUAUGAGUCCACCCUGCACGCCUUUGCCUUCUCUUACUCCAUGCUAGGAGAGGAGAUCCAGCUGCACUUCAUCAUCCCCAAGUCCAAGGAGCACCACUUUGUCUUCAGCCAACCUGGAGGCCAGCUGGAGAGCAUGCGACUGCCCCUCGUGACAGACAAGAGCCAUGAAUAUAUAAAAAGUCCAACAUUCACUCCAACCACUGGCCGUCACGAACAUGGGCUCUUUAAUCUGUACCAUGCAAUGGAUGGUGCCAGCCAUUUGCACGUGCUGGUCGUCAAGGAAUACGAGAUGGCGAUUUAUAAGAAAUACUGGCCCAACCACAUCAUGCUGGUGCUCCCCAGUAUCUUCAACAGCGCUGGAGUUGGUGCUGCCCAUUUCCUCAUCAAGGAGCUGUCCUACCAUAACCUGGAGCUUGAGCGGAACCGGCAGGAAGAGCUGGGGAUCAAGCCGCAGGACAUCUGGCCUUUCAUCGUGAUCUCUGAUGACUCCUGCGUGAUGUGGAACGUGGUAGAUGUCGACUCUGCUGGGGAGAGAAGCAGGGAGUUCUCCUGGUCGGAAAGGAACGUGUCUUUGAAGCACAUCAUGCAGCACAUUGAGGCGGCCCCCAACAUCACGCACUACGCCCUGCUGGGCCUGCGGAAGUGGUCCAGCAAGACCCGGGCCAGUGAGGUGCGAGAGCCCUUCUCCCGCUGCCACGUGCACAACUUCAUCAUCCUGAACGUGGACCUGACCCAGAACGUGCAGUACAACCAGAACCGGUUCCUGUGUGACGACGUAGACUUCAACCUGCGGGUGCACAGCGCCGGCCUCCUGCUCUGCAGAUUCAACCGCUUCAGCGUGAUGAAGAAGCAGAUCGUGGUGGGCGGCCACAGGUCCUUCCACAUCACGUCCAAGGUGUCCGAUAACUCCGCGGCGGUCGUGCCGGCCCAGUACAUCUGUGCCCCGGACAGCAAGCACACAUUCCUCGCAGCGCCCGCCCAGCUCCUGCUGGAGAAGUUCCUGCAGCACCACAGCCACCACUUCUUCCCGCUCUCCCUGAAGAACCAUGACCACCCAGUGCUGUCUGUCGACUGUUACCUUAACCUGGGAUCUCAGAUUUCUGUUUGCUAUGUGAGCUCCAGGCCCCACUCUUUAAACAUCAGCUGCUCGGACUUGCUGUUCAGUGGACUGCUGCUGUACCUCUGUGACUCUUUUGUGGGAGCUAGCUUUUUGAAAAAGUUUCAUUUUCUGAAAGGUGCGACCUUGUGUGUCAUCUGUCAGGACCGGAGCUCACUGCGCCAGACGGUUGUCCGCCUAGAGCUCGAGGAUGAGUGGCAGUUCCGGCUGCGCGAUGAGUUCCAGACCGCCAAUGCCAGGGAAGACCGGCCGCUCUUCUUUCUGACCGGACGACACAUCUGA